AUGCCCCUGCUUCCCUUCUCCAAGACCCAGCUCGUAAUCAGUGCGGUGGCUGUCGCGGCCAUUUCGGCGGGCAUCUUGCUGUUGCUGGCGUGGUGGAUUGGCUUCCCAAACUGGGGUCUACUAUGGAAGAUCGCGGACGCCGUGCUGCUCUGUGUCUGCUACGGCUUCGUCACGAUCGGGUAUCCUCUCUUCUACUAUUUCUUCCAGCAGAUGGACGGCGCCAAGAGCACUGCGUUCUCGCUGCUGCUACCGCUGCUCAAGACGUUGUACCGAGUGAUGUUCUACUACUUAUGUCGGUCGGCUAGCGGCGAACAGAUCACGAUCGUCGUCGUGUUCAACGCCGACCUGGUCAACGCGCUCUUCGUCAAUUUUUGCAUGCAGUACCAGCCCUCGCUAACGACGACGGCCACCCUCAUGGGUGCCAACGCGGUGCAAGUCGCGCUGAUCGUACGAUAUAUGGACAGCAUUCGCCAAAAAAUCGCCGGCACGGCGGAGGAGAUUAUGCAGCUGAGGAGGAACGACAAGUACGCUUCCAAGCUGCCGGGCGAGCGAAUUGCAACGGCUAAGCUCGAGCUGCUCGAGCGCAGGUACGCGAGUCUGGUGCGAACACUCAUGUACGCGUCCGAGUUCUCCAUCCUCACAGCCUUCGCAGAAGUCAUCACGCCCAUCGUGUAUUCGCUGUACUUGUUCAUCGUCUUCCACAUGCCCAACCGUGACUACUACUCGCAGAUCGCUAGCAUGGACUCGACGCACUUGGCCAAGACGGUUCUGAACGUGCUCUUGUACAGCCUCGUGGAGCUCACCUCCUUCAUCGCGCUCACUCAGACGCUCAAGCGACACCUCGACUUCUCGACACUACACCAGCUCGCGUUCCCAGCGAUCAUCUUGUGGGUGUUCUACACGACGCAGAGCUCUCUCGAGCACUAUGGCACGGACUACACUUUCCAGUUCGAGUGGCUUCAUGUGAUCUUGCUCCUGUUGAGCGUUUUCGUCUCCGCCGAGGCCUCGUGCAGCGGACCCAACGCACGCACGCAGCCUCCCAGCGGCGCCAUUGUCGUCGAUGCCUCGGGGUCUUACAAGGGCAGCGUCAAGACGGUGGCGCAGGGCGCGUCGAAGUUGAGCGGCACUACGUCACAGCAGACGCUCUUCAUCUUCCCGGGCACCUACCGCGAGCAAGUCCAGAUCCCGCUGCUGAAUGGCCCGCUGGUGGUGCAGGGCUACACGUGCGAUACCAUGUCGUACGCUGCCAACCAAGUCACGAUCACCCAUGCCAUGGCGCAGAAGGACCUCGCCGCCAACGUUCAUAGCCGCAACGAAGCCGUCAGCACGCUGGUCCUCAAGUCGAACAGCGGCGUGAAAGUGUACAACAUCAACGUCGCCAACACCGCGGGCAACGUCGGUCAAGCUGUUGCCACCUACGUCGACGGAGCUGCCUACGGCUUCUACGCGUGCAAGUUCACCGGCUAUCAGGAUACGCUGUGCGCUAACAAGGGCCGAGAGCUCUACGCUCGGUCGUACAUCGGCGGAGCUAUCGACUUCGUCUUCGGUGAGCAGGCCAAGCCUGGUUCGAGUCUUGCGAUGUCGAGUCGGUUGGACGUGUUCAACAACGCCCGCGUGUAUGGAUCCGGCAGUCAGACUGCGUUCCUGGGUCGCCCUUGGCGUCCGUACGCUCGUGUCGUCUUCCAAAACAGCCAGCUCGGCAACGUCAUCAACCCGAAGGGCUGGCAGACCUGGGACAGCAGCUCCAGCACCAAGAACGUGUUUUUAAGGGAGUACAACAACACUGGCCCCGGCUCGUCCACUGCUCAGCGAGUGAGUUUUGCCGGGAAGCUGAGUGGACCCGUGCCGAUCGAGGAAAUGCUUGGAGCGAGCUACAAGUCUGAGUGGUGGGUUGACACCAACUUCCUGUGAGGGAUGCCUACAUGUUGUAGGCUGCACCUAACAACGGCCUUGUCAGUCAUAAAAAAGUCAAAUAGAUGUCGUACCCUGGAGGCCCUUUGUAGAUUGUGUUGGGGCCACAC